CUCUCUAAACGCUCUCGCGAUACUUCGAUGUCACAAGUCGACCGGACUGCGGUCUGCGCAGCGCCGCAUUAAGUUAAUGUGUACGCCAUAAAAAGCUUCGACAUAUGUUUUAGCCUUCUAAACAGUGGUCACCGGAGGUGUGCGGCGGAGAAAUGGGUGUAACGUGUGUGUGUCAGGUGCCCGUGGCCGAGGGGAAGAGCGUGCAGCAAACAGUCGACAUGCUUCAUAAAAAACUGGAGCAGCUGGGAGCCGUCAAACAGGGAAACUUCUGGGUGGACUGUGAGACGUACCAUGCGACGGCCAACGCAACCGGUCAGCAGUCCAAGCAGCUGUACGUGAUGCACAACUCAGAGGCGCCGCUGAGCUGCAUGGCUCUGUAUGAGGGCGGCCCGCAUCUCACCGCCGACGCAAACUUUGACGUCUUGAUGGUGAAACUGAAGAGUCACUUCCAGAACGCCAAGAGUCAUAAGGUGGAGAGUCGAGGUGCGCGCUACCGUUACUGUGACUUCCUGGUGAAGGUCGGCACCAUCGCCAUGAGCUCCAGUGCCAAAGGGAUCUCAGUGGAGGUGGAGUACUGUGCCUGUGUGAUCCCGGCCGACUGCUUGAAUCUCAUCAAGGAGUUCAUGCAGAGUUUUCUAGGCUCGAAUGCUCCCGAGAUGCCCUUGAAUAAAGCGGAGGGUCAACUUUACACGCCGGUGGACUGUGUGGACCCUAUGAGCCAGUAUCUGGAGCUCUUCGGCAAAGUUCGCAAACAGCAGGUGAUGACGGGCAGCGGCGUCCGAUGAUACGGUUCAUCUGAACCACAGACUUUAUAAAAACAAACUGCACACGUGUGCUUAACUGUUGUCUUCUGUUUGUAAAUGAUACGUUAAACAUCUGAGGCACUGAAUGCUUAUUUUUUCGUACACUUUUAUUUUCAAAAUAAACUGCUUUGUAAUCAUUU